ACAUGUUUAGAUGAUAUUAGCAGACGACAAAGGAAUCAAAAUAAUGAGGAAUAUUCCCCGGACGUGUAAAAUACUUUAGUUUAUUAUCUAAAAGCAAGUGCCUUGAGUUCCAUUUGGAUAAUUAUUGUCGCUGUCAAGUGCAUUCAUUAGAAAACACGAGAUACCAGCAAAGGAGGGAAGGUUUCUGCUGUUAUCUACCAAUUAAUACCGCAUUUAUCUAUGGAAAAACGCGAAUUAAGGCUGCAUUGCUUACAAGAGGUUAAUUGUUGUAAGAUAUACACACGUGAAGAAAACGGGAUACGCCCACAGUUCUGAAAUUGAGGGAUGUGGUUGGAAAAGGAGCAAUAUGUUUAUAACGGUAUGCAUUAAAGCUGCACUCUCACAGAUUGAACGGCAAGCGAGUCAUUACUGGAAUUUUGCAGUAGCGUAUACAGUGAACUUAGCUCUUGGCUCUGUGAUUUAUUGAUUACCAUGACAACGCGACUUUACAAGACUGACAGUUUGUUGUAAGUUGACAAUGAGGGGACGGGAGCGCCGAUGUCGCCUCGUCAUGGAAACUGCUUCCGGUUCUUGGAAUUGACGAUUUACAGAACCGACGUCAAAAAUGUCCGCUUGCAAAGAGAAAGUUCCAAUAUGGCGAGUAGUAAUUCUCUUUCUUGCGUGUCUCUCCAUCUACCUCUAUCUCUACACGAACGCAUUUGAUGGCAUGAAGUCUUCUGCAGUGUAUAGAGUCGUCGAAGGAGACCUUCAGGCCGUUUGGAAAGACAAGUUUGGUUCCGUGUCCUAUUACCUGAAACUAUUAGAAAAGGCAGAUACCAGCCUCAAGAUCGAGUUCUCCGCCGGGAAUGUAUCAAAGCAGGAACAGACCACGCAAUCGCCUACGUCGACUGUAGCAGCUAAAAUCCAUAGCAAUGUCAAUACACAACAAUUAGAAAAGUAUAGAUCUAGAAUUUUAAAUCAGGAAAAUGUACCAAUAUUGACGUUAUUCACAACAUGGAAUUAUAAUCCUGACAAAAAUCUAGUCCAUAAUUUAACAGUGACCAAUUGGUUGUCCCUACAUCCCUUUGUGAUACCGGUUGUGUUUACUAAUGACAGUGACGUUGCUGCAGAUUGUUCUAGAAAAGGGUGGGGGGUCUUGCCCGUCUUGGUCUCUGCUGCUGAAGGUAUUCCAGUUCUGAAAUACAUGUACAGAGAUGUAAUGGAGAAAUAUAACACCACCUUCUAUGCCUACAGCAAUGCGGACAUUCUCUUCACCGACACUCUUCCAGACAGCCUUGUCCAGAUCAUCACAAAUACCUCGCUGGACCUCACUCAGCCUGGAAUGAUUGUUGGGAAAAGAACAAACGUUGAGAAUGUUACAUUAGAUGAAGGAAGUGACUGGUAUAACAUAACAUGGGUUGCAAAAGAGAGGGGCAAGCUGUUUACUGGUUGGGCAGAAGACUAUUUUAUAACGACCAGACCGUUUCCAUGGCAUGAUAUGGCCGAAGUUGUGAUAGGAAGGAGGGCUUAUGAUAAUUGGUUAGUUGUUCAUUCCAGAAAACUGAAAUAUACUGUGAUAGAUGCUACAAAGACUGUGUUAGCUGUUCAUCUGACGACGGAAGCAGGCAAUUUUGAAGGUCAUAGUCAUAAAAACAGAGACUACAAUCAUAAUUUAUUAGUAAAAAUGUUUAAAAGGUUGAAGUACAACGCGGGUAUUAUUGAGUGUAUAGAGAAGUUUACAGCAUAUGAAUCUGGUAAUUUUAGUAUAAAGGAUCGUACGGUCCUGAAAGGUUGUGCGACCGGUUGAUUGAAAUGCAGCAGAAAUAUUGACCUACAUGCUAUUUGAAUGUGAAAGAAGCUGAUGUAAAAUGUGCACUGUGAUUUGUAUAUCCGAGUAGUAUCCUCAAAGCAAUAUUAGCAAGUGUAACAGUAUGGGUAUUUUUUGGCAUUAUUUUUACCGCCCUGGGAAAAAGUCGACUUUGGGAGAAUACAAUUUCAGGCGGCGAGGCCAAAAUAGCUAAUAAAAUGGCGAAUAUACAUAUUUUCAAAUUGUACGCAUACAUUAUGCUGUGAAAGUCUUGUCGAGAUUUUUUUUCAAGAAAUAUUCAUUGCUUCUGUUAUUCAUUAACGUAAUCUGCAUUUAUCAUAUUCGGAAAAAAAAUAUAAUUUUUGGGAAAACGCACAUAUUUUCGCAACGGGAAACAGCCGUUAGAAGGCAGUAAAUUACACACAAAAAUCACUGAGUGUAAAAUAAUUACCAAAAUAUGGGGUGCCUCGCUUAGUUGGAAGAUAAUUACUAUACUUUCAUGGCCAUAUGUUGUCCUUGUUUGUAAAGAUUGUGUGUUUAUUCAGCUUCAAUGUAACGUCGAUUUGAAGAAAUACUGGGUGUGUUUACAAUGUCGAUAUCAACAUCACGAAUUGCGAAAUUGAAAGCCUCAGUUGAAAAGCAGCUUAACUGUUGGAUUCAAAACAUAGUCAACUAUAAUCAACUCUCAGUAAAUUCCUACCAAUAUAUCAAUUUUCAGUGAUACGAUUCAUAUUAGAUAACCUGUUGUUUUUAAGAAAACAAGAUCGAGGAAAUGUCAUAGCCAUGGCGACGUGCAAAAACCUUAACCUUAUAACUCUGUCUUUACAAAGUGUUGAGUUAUUUCCCUUUUCCCGGACGAGCGUUAACGAUCGUUCCUGGGCACUCUUGUUCUCUGUAUUACCAAUGGCGUCCAACUUGCAUGAUUCAGCCUAACAUUAUGUUCUUCUUAAAGCUUGUAGGUACCGUAUUGUUUCUUAAUUCAAUUUCAAGGAGGCCCUGAUACAGUGUAUAUAGCAAUUACAUCUAGCAGUAGCAUGACAUUGUCUCUUUGUUUUACCAUUGUCAUCGUUCUCCGCAUUUCUUCUGAAUUAACGGUUAGAUCGACCUAGAGGGUUGGUCGUCAGGGGUUUGCUAAUGAUAAGCAUUGCUUACAGAGUUACAAUAGAUAAUUGUGAUAAUUGUACAGUAUUUGAAUGGUAAUUUGAAAAUGAAAACCUUUCGAAGCAUUCGUAACUGCUCGGCCAUUUUUUUCAAAAACAACCUCGGAUGUAUUUGGACGGUUUACAUACUCAAAAAGAGGGACGUUUAAGUCCGCUACAAGUAGAUCGCGUAGUAAUUUUAUUUAGCAGUUAAACUUUAUGUCUCAACUCUUGUGAAUCUUAAUUAUGUUUGCAAUAAUACACUUCACUGGUCAUCAAUUUAAACUUAGAUCAAUAAAUACAACUCUAAAACACUAAAUUUAAUUAACGAUAUGAUUAAAAAAAAUACGAACUACUUCAACUGAUGUACCGGCAUACAUCCGAGGUUGUUUUUGAAAAAAAAUGGCCGAGGAGUUCCGAAUGCUUUCGAAGAUCACUUGAGAGUAGUUUCUAUCACACGAACAGUCGACCAGUAACGUACGGUAUACACAAUUUUACAAAGCGUGUGUAUCAUCUUUAAAUGCAUUUUCAAAACUUUUGCAGUUACAUGUUAUGUAUUUGUUUAUUUCGAAAGUUUUCACAUGUUAACAUUGUAUAUGUUUUAAAUAUUAUUUAAUUAUUAUGUAAAGUUGGUUUUGUUAAAGGUGUUUAACUAAACGAUAUAUUCAGUGCUAUUCAAACAUCUAACAGGACGCAGAUCCUCAUCCUUACGGAUUAAAAAAUGUGUUAUACAUUCGGAACUUCUCGGCCUUUUCCCAUCGAAAACAACCUUGUUAGUAUAUGAACGGUUUACAAUGUCAGAAAUCUUUACAUUUUACUACGCUGCAAGUAGAUCGCGUAGUAAUUUCAAUUUUUUACCUAAUGACUUUCCUCUUGGGAAUCUCAAAUAUUUAUGCAAAUACACUUCACUUGCAAUCAAUUGCAACUUAGUUGUAUGAAAUACACGUUAAAGCACUAAAACACCAUUAUUAUUCAAAAUUUGACGAACUACUUCUAUUGAUAUACCAGCAUAAAUCAGAGAUUGUUUUCGUUGGAAAAUGGCCCAGCUGUUCCGAAUGUGUAUGAUAAAUUACUUUUAUUCAUUUACAGUAUCUAGAAUAAAUAUUUGUGUUAACAAACCUAGAUGUUGGCAAUGUUCUGUUGCACCAACGUCUAACUGAACAUUUACAUUUUCCGAAUGAAAUAAAUAGGAAUGUGAAUACACUGUAUAAAUAAAUGAUUAAUAUCUGACAUUAUAGAUUACAUCGGAAUAUUGAAGAGCACUGCUUUUGCAGGUUUACCAUAUGUUUGUAAAAUUUAAACAGAUAAAAUGCACGUAUUCCAUGGGUUUAGAAAAGACAAUGUAUAUGAAGAUCAAUAAGUUGAUAGAUAUUGUUAUUCAUUUAGAAAUUGUUUUUGUUGCUGUUGUAUUUUGCUUUAGUAAACCAGCUUAUGGCCAGAGAAUCGGUAUGGUAAGGGUAACAUCCUUUUUUCAAAAACAGGUAGGAUUAGUAGGGUUUUCGUUUAUUUAUUUAUAUUUGUUUUUGGGACUUAUAUAAGAAUGUUUCUGUCAUCAAUGGGAGAUGGCAUAAAGUAAUAUUCUUUAAAAAGUCUUAAGGUUUUAAACUACAUAUUAAAAAUUUCAAUUGUCAGCGCAUAUUUCGUCGGUAGGGGCGGGUAACCCGAACCAAGAGUAAUUUUUAGGCCUGGGCUGCCGAAUUAAUGGUUAAGUAAAGCAAUAGUAAAUAAUUAGCCUUCAGUGCGAUUGGAGUUUAGCGGUUGUUUCUGUCAGAGGCUUUGAAGAUUUAAAUAGAAUCCGUCCUAUGAUCGCGUUGGCGGAGGCAUGCACGUACAUAAUUAUGCCGAACGUUGAAUAACAAGUUCAACAUGUACAUAAGCUAUCAUAAAACUGUACAGCGCAAUAUACAAUACGAUAUAUGUACAUCGUAAACCGAGCCCCAAUUUCUCGAAACUCCUUUAGCUUAACAGGCUUAUGUUGCUUAUUUCAAUUAACCAAAAUACAUAUUUAAAUUGAAUUUUGAUUAAUGACAAAUGGUUUAUUGUGAUAAUCAUUAAGAUAAUUCCUAUCUUUAGUAUACAACAAUCAUAUAGAAGUAUAUAUUACACAUAUUAUUGACGAACAAGACUGUUAAGAGACUUAAGAAGUUUCGAGACCUUGUGCCUGAUCUUACUACGCAACAACCAAUUCUAGCUGGGGCCUUCUUCGCUUCACUCGGGGUAGCUGUAGAAUAAUCCAAACUAUAAACAUGUUUGCCAAUGCAUUCUUAAUUGAACUCGAUGGUGAUAGCCGUAUUGGUACAAUAUGAUAAUGGUAUACGAUCUUUUGUACCAAAACUACUUUGGCACAGUGGCAAAGUACUAAGAACUUCAAAAUAUAGCUGUUACUUAAUAGGUUAUUGAGAUAGGAAGUACGGUCAUGUACAAAUGUAAUACUUGUAUAACAAGGGCGUAGCUAGGGUCUUAAAAACUUGUAGGCCCGAUGAUUCUAUGUGAGCUUGGGGCUUUUUAUAUGCAGAUUACACAUACUUGCAAUAAUUACAAUAAAAUCAAGCAAUUAUCUCUGCAUAUUUAAAAAAAAAAACACCGAAAUUGCGUUGGUUAAAAUAAUACAAACUUUUGUGUUGUUUAAAGUGUUCGAGUAGCUUUUAGUUUUUUAUUGCAUUUCUGGGUUAUUUAGAUUUUGUCAUUUUUCAAAAACGUUGUAGGCCCAGGCCUACAAGGCCUAUAUGUAGCUACGCCACUUAAAGCAUGUAUAUUUUACGAAAUAAUGAUUAUAUGCAGUAUAGUUUUUACGGCGCCGCUGAAAUGACAUUAACAUAUAUAUAUUGUUUUCGUUAUAAAUACUUACUUAUUGUUAUUUCCUUAUAACGAAAUAAAAGUUCGCUACAACGGAACACUAUUCCGUUUUAACUUAAUACACAUUAGUAUUUUUAAUGUUGUUUUUUUCCGUUAUAUAAUUCGUUUUCCGGAAAGUGUCAUAAUUCUAUUGUAUCCCAAAGCGAAGCUAUAACUACAGCCAACACACAAAGUGUCUUAUAAACUAUAAGUCAAUAUCUGCUUAAAUUACAUUUGUGCAUUUUUGUUCAUUCGUUUAAUACCUCUGUACUGUGCCCGUUUUCAAUAUAUUUCGUAUUUUUAUCCUUUUUAUCUUUCGACAUGCCUCAGUGAAUCCAUUCACUCGAUUAGCCAAUUAAUAUGUGUGUAUGUAAGUUUAUUUAUACUCGCACUCGGUCACUGCCCAUUCGACGAGUUCUCCGAUAAGAUUGUUAUAUAUUUGGAGCAAAGUGCACAGAUAGAAUGCAACCCUGGUUAGAGCUACCCUAGAUCUAGCACUUAAACACGGGACCUCCAUUCAAUUUCUCUCCCGGAAGACUAUAAGUAUGUUUAGUGGUGAGGCGGGGAAACGAACCUACGAUUCCUGGAUUGACAGUCAAGAGUGUUACCAAUAAAGCACGGAUUCGCCACUUGCCAAUUAAUUGUAUGGCCCAAUCAAACACUCAGAUUUAACAGUAGAAUCUAAGUCUAUUGAAUAUGGCCUAUAUUGUACUGGCUUAACUUGCCAUACUACGAAUUGUUUGAAUGCGUACAUAUAAACAUGUAUGUACAAUAGUUUAUAUUAGUCAAUUUCCGUAAUUGUAAUAUAUCAAUCCCAUAUGAGCACGUUCUUGCCAAUUGACGAAAAUAUAUUUCGAAAAAAACGAUUGCUUUAGCCCAUACAUAGGUGCUUAAAUGCAAUUACAUGUAUUCAGAUUCAAAUCAUGCUAUGUGGAAGUCGUUGGGACCUUGGUAAAUACUUCGAGAUAACGAACAUUCGAUAUAAUCAAAAUGCAAUACAUGCCUAACUUAACCCAAAACAUUUGAAAAAAGUUCGCCAUAACCAGAUCAUCAAGAUAACAGAUAUCGUCAUAAAGAGUUUCGACUCUACCUAUAAAUUAAUAUUAUAAAAUGUUUAUAUUAUAAUGUGUCUUUUUAUGAUAUUAAACAUAAUUAAUCGAACAUAAAAAUCGUUACAAACUGGCCAUGUUUAAUAUUUUGAUCUUAAUCUUAACUGAUUAACAAAGUCGCUGAAAAUAUAUUGUUAAUUAUAUGUGAAGCUUUGUUUAUUCAUUAGUAUUCCAUCCGAUUCCAAUAUUUUAUUCACAUUCCGACACUGACUGUAUACCGGUCAUGAUGAACCAUUAGGCAUUACUGAUUACAUGUAGUCAAACGUUAUCAUUUACCUGUUAUAGUUACUUAAAUGUUAUUGUUGUAUCAUGUUCUUGUUAAGAUAUUGUUCUUGAUAGUGUUCUCAUGUUUACGAUAAAUAAUAAAAAUACAAAGACUGAA